AUGACUCACACAAUUGCACCAUCCGGUACCUCUUUUGACACUUAUGUAACACCAUUUCACGAGCGUUAUUCAUCACCAGCCAUGCUUUCAUUGUUUUCACAGAGGAAUCGCAUUAAUCUUUGGAGAAAACUCUGGAUUGAUCUUGCAACAGCUCAACACGAAGCAGGACUUAAACAAAUCAGUACUAGUGCUCUUAAAGCUCUUAAGAAACAUGCAGAGAUCACAGAAGAAGAAUUUGAAAUUGCUCGUAAUGAAGAACAGCGCUGCAAACAUGAAGUAAUGGCACAUAUUUAUACAUAUACUAAAGUAGCACCAGAAGCAAGUAGUAUUUUACAUUUAGGUGCUACGUCGUGUUAUGUUAUGGACAAUGCAGACCUGAUUAUUAUGCGGGAUGGAUUGGAUAUUCUAUUAAACAAGCUAGCAAAUGUGAUACAUCGACUCUCAAAGUUUUGUAAAUCAUAUAAAGGAUUGCCUAUACUUGGAUAUACACAUUAUCAACCGGCACAAUUGACGACGGUUGGAAAACGAGGAGCAUUAUGGCUUCAGGAUUAUGUUUGGGAUUUGAGAAAUUUAAAAAGAGCAAGAGAAGAUUUGUGUUUCCGAGGGAUUAAAGGAACAACGGGAACACAGGCAUCGUUUCUUGCAUUAUUUGAUCAAGAUCAUGAUAAAGUAAAACAAGUUGAAACACGUGUAGCAGAAUUAUCAGGAUUUAAUCGUACAUAUGUGAUAACAGGGCAAACAUAUCCUAGAAAAGUAGAUAUUGACAUCUUAGGACCGUUAGCAUCGUUUGGAGCAUCUGCACAUAAAAUGGCAACAGAUCUUCGAUUAUUAGCAAACGAAAAACAAAUAGAAGAACCAUUUGAUAUAGGACAGAUAGGGUCAAGUGCUAUGGCAUACAAACGAAAUCCAAUGCGAUCAGAAAGGAUUUGUGCACUUGCAAGACAUUUAAAUGUAUUAUACUUGAACACAACAAUGACCCAUUCAGUACAAUGGUUUGAAAGAACAUUAGAUGACAGCGCAAAUAGAAGAAUAUGUAUUCCUGAAGCAUUUCUUGUCGCAGAUGCAAUAUUAGAGCUGUUAAUGAAUAUAACAUCAGGUUUAAUAGUAUAUCCAAACGUUAUUUCCAAGAUAAUUGCAAAAGAACUUCCAUUCAUGGCAACAGAGAACAUUAUUAUGGCAAUGGUACGCAAAGGUGGUGAUCGUCAAAUGUGUCAUGAAAAAAUUAGAAUUCUUUCAAAAGAAGCAUCACGUAUGGUAAAAGAAGAAGGAAAAGAUAACGAUUUGAUUGAAAGAAUACAAAGAGAUGUAUAUUUCGAACCCAUUUGGGCCGAGUUAGACACUUUAUUAGAUCCAAGCACGUUUAUUGGUCGUGCACCUGAACAAACUGAAGAAUUUCUAAAUACUCAAGUUGAAGAAGCACUUGAGCCUUUUAGGAAUCAAUUAACUGACAGAGAAGCGGAUCUAGCCGUUUAA